AGGCCCAGAAGAGGAAAUAGAAAUGAUUUGUUUACCUCAUUCAAUUUUGCGUAACUAGGUUUAGUAAGACGUGAAUGAUAUUCGUUCACAAGUAAUAAUUACAGGUUUUGUUAUUUAGACUUUUUUGUACUUUACUUACAGUUAAGUUCAGUGUAAUUGUUUGCUGCGAUAAUUACAUGCUAGUGUGAAAUGACCAUUUUGAAUCAUACAAACUGUAAUGAUGCAUUAUUUUUAUCCAGGAAUUUCUUUUAAAAUGGUUGGCGCCGUGGGGCAGAUUAAACAGUCAAUCCUGGAUUAAAUACUUAACGCCAAUUAUAAAUGAGAAUUGUUCCAUAAAAUACUUAAGGAUAUGGCUCACGUAGAGUGGGCUGAAGCCCAGAUAGCAGAGAUUGACCUGCUGUCGAGUAUGUUUCCAUCUCUGGAGGAGUUUGAGAUAACUGACCAGCUGGCACUUGCAGAACUAGUGGAGCGUGUAGAUAACUCAACAAAUACCUUAACUUCUAGACCCCAGUUUGUUAUUAAACUGAAAAUUGGAACUGUCACUAAAGAGGUGAUUGUGACAAUACAUUGCACUUACCCAUCUGAAUACCCAACUGUCUUACCAGAGAUAACCAUAAGGUGCUCUGAUCUUAAUAGAACCCAGCAAACCCAGCUUCACUCAGACCUGAACACAUACCUGAUAGACAACUGCUGUGGAGAAGUGUGUGUGCUUUUUGUGGUAGGGUGGGUCAGAGACAAUGCACACCUGUACAUUGAAAAUAGCUCACCUACAACCUGGGCUACCAAGAGUGUGUCUGAUUUCCCUCCGACCAAAGACACUUUCACCAGACUGUGGAUCUACAGCCACCACAUAUAUAACAAGAUGAAAAGGAAGAAUAUCAUGGAGUGGUCUAAGGAGCUAGAGCUCACAGGAUUCAGCAUGCCUGGAAAGCCUGGCAUUGUAUGUGUGGAGGGAUCCAAGCCUGCUUGUGAGGAGUUCUGGGCAAGAGUGAAGGUUUUAACAUGGAAGAAGAUCAUGAUUCGCCACAGGGAGGAUUUUACUCUGGACAAUCAGGAUGCAGAAGGCCGUACUGGGAACCGUAAGAACACACUUAACAGGUUCACAGGCUUUAAAGAAACCAUGUUCGAUCCACAUGGUAACCGAGGCAAUCACAUGGACCUUGGACAGCUCUAUCAGUUUUUAAAUGAUAAAGGAUGUGGAAAUGUCUUUCAGCUGUACUUUGGUAUUGAGGGAAAAUAGUGGUCACCUAUUGGUUGUCUCUAACCUGUAGUUUAAGAACAUAUUCACAAGUAAUGGUAAUGAUAAAACAUAAGUUUAUCUUUCAAAUUUCAAUAUGAAACAUGAUCAUGAAAUGAAUGAGUAGUAGGGAUGGGGACACGUGUACUCGAGUACCCGAACGUGACAGCGACAAUCCAUCAUAAAAACAAUGAUUGUGUGAAUUAAAACCAUGUAUUAUCAUAAAAAAUUUUCUGAUUGGUUAUAGCAGACUUUUGUGCGGCAUUGGUUAGGGUUGCCAUAGCAUGCAGUCUAAAAUCCAGACCAAAGAACAGAGAGAAACAUUGCGUCAGAGUUGCGUACUGAUGUCUGGCUGGUUAAAUCUGGUGAUAAAUCUUGCCUAGGGCGCCAAAUGUGCUAGGACCACAACUGAUUAAGAGAACACUAUAGAAUGUUGUCAAUUUGUUUUGCUUUACUUGCCAGUGUUUCAGUGCACUUUUAGAAGAGCGCGUCCACAAUGGGAGUUACACAAGGCCAUAGCACCUUACACUAAGCUAUAGCACCUAACUGCGUUUGCAUUCUUUUGUGUAGAUACAAGUUGUAAUUUGUGCAGAUACAAGUUGUAAUGUUACGUUUAUGUUGUGUAUCUAGGAUAUCUGAUUUAUCCCAGAUAUCUUAUUCGAUAACAUUGAUGCAAUUGAUAAGCAGUUUUAAUCAUAUGUUCAUGUUUUGAUGUCAUUUUUAUUUGUCAACAUACAUUUUUGUACAACCUUAAAACAUUUUCAUUAUCUACAUGAUGGACAUGCGUCGCCCCCCCGAGUACUCGAGUACUUGUUUUUUGAGACCUAUCAAUGAUAAGAAAUUGACAAAAUAAAUCAAAUAUUCAUACAAUAAGAUUUUGUUUUCCAAAAUGUUUUUAUCUGGAGUGUCUGAACAUUUAAACAUUGUGAUGCAACUCGUAUCGUCCCGUUUUUUGGGGUUGAGUACCGACUUGGUAUCGGAGGACAGGUUUAUGUGACAACACUACAUUCUUCUAGGAAGGUAGUCUACAACAUGUUUGAGUGUGUCUGUAGGAAUUUGUGCCCAUUCAGACAAAAGAGCAUAUGUGAGGUCAGAGGAUGUUGAAUUUGAAAGCCUGGCUUGCACCCCCCACCAACUUUGUUGAAUCAUUACUUUAUAUAUACUCUGCUUUGUGCACAGGGACACUGUCAUGCUGGAACAGGAAAGGGCCUUCCCCAAUCUGUUGCAACAUAGUUGGAAGCACCCAACUGUCUAAUUUCAGAAGGGGAGUCAGAUGGCUGAGCGGUGAGGGAGUCGGGCUAGUAAUCAGAAGGUUGCCGGAUCGAUACCCCGCCGUGCCACAUGAU